UUCAAUUUCACACGACUGAAAACCCAUUAAGGCGUGAAAUUACUCGGGUACAACCCCAAAUAAAAUCCAGACAGGAUAUUUUACGAAGGACUGUCCGUUACUUAGCGACCAUAAUCAAAAUACAAACAAAAUAUCAUAACCUACAGAUACCUUAAAGUUUAAACUGAAAUGUCGUACAGGGAUAUUCGCAACAUGAUAGAAACUCUCAGAGUUUUGGGAUACCCAAAUCUGGUGUCAAUGGAGAGUUUUCGGAAUCCAAAUUUUCCACUGGUGGCAGAUUUGUUGGUCUGGUUGUCCAAGAGAUUCGAUCCUGAUUUCGACAUUUCACCUGAAAUUUCUACCGAAGAUGAGCGAGUUAAAUUGAUACGAAACGUAGCUCAAUUUAUGGCAGUGAAAGUGAAUAUCAAAUUAAACACUAAGAGGUUAUACCAAGCAGAUGGAUAUGCUAUUAAAGACUUGUUGAAAAUAACCUCAAUUUUGCACGAAGCAUUACUUAGCAAUUUGGACCAGAGUGACGAUGAAAAAUUCGAUGAUUCCAAUUUAGAUCUGAGAGAUUUUGAUAUUACUGACAAGGUAGUGGAGAUAAAAGUUUCUAAACGUAUUUCUAGUGAAAUUACUUCUACCGGUGCAAAUUUAUUCGACUUACUAGGAAAAGAAGUAGAUUUGAAGGUGGCCCGUCAGAGAAGUAUUGCACGUCAAAUCGAACUCUCAGAUGUGGAAGCAGGAAUAAAAGAGGCUAUAAAAAUAAUCACGCAGGAAAUAGAAGAGACGAAGCAACUAAUUGAAAAUGUUGCUGCCACAGAAGCGAGUUUAGAUGCGAAAAUAGAAAGAAGAAAUGUUGAAAUUGGUCGUUAUGAGAAGAGGCUUCAAGCAUUGAAAAAAGUUAGGCCAGCAUUCUUGGAAGAAUUCACGGCAUUGGAGAAAGAACUAGAACAACUUUUCGUGCAGUAUUCGUUGAGGCUGAGAUGCCUUAAUCAGCUGGAGAAACAGUUUACGGACUCGGAAUUGGCACAAAUUGAAAAACAAUCGCAGAUGACAGUACCGCAAAUACAAACUAUUCCUUUGGAGAGUAUGGAUCAGAAAGAUAUAUUCAUCGAGGACAACGAGCCACUGGAUAGAAGUGGGGCUGUGAAUAGACAAGAGAGACAACGAGGCGCAACAGUAGGCCGAAACAAACUAGAGAAAGAACCAAAAGCUUAUGGAGCCAUGCAGCCACCUCUUCUUGGUAGCCAAUCUUCUCUGGAUCUAAGUACCGACUCAGAAUCUGACGAUUCUUUCCUAGAUAAGGAUGAACCAGAGCUAAUGCAGUCUGAUGAAUCUUUGGCGCUAGAGCUCUCCGUCGAUAGACGAGCUGCGUCGGGGAGAAAGGCGAGCAGCAAAGUACAAGAAAAUAACAGUGAUGAUGAUUUCUAGAUUGGAUUUAAAUGAUUAAAAUGAAAUUAGUUGGCACUGUUUCAUUAUUAAUAAAGAAGUAUUGUGAC